AUGGGAUUAGAAGAAGAAAGUGAAGUUUCUGGAGAAGGACGCGUCAAAUUUCAGGUAGAAUUGAAUGAUGCAUGCCCAGCUCCUCUCAAAGAGGAAUGGGAGCCCUUGGCGGCCGCAUUGACAGUGUCAGAAGAACUCGGUGCUGCGCCAGUCUCUCCGACUGGCCUGGUCUUUGGCAAUGGAGCUAUUCUGUCAAUCACGGAUGAUUGCAAGCUGAGCAUUGUGGUAUCCAAAAGUGGACGUGUGGCAGGACCCAAGUUGUCAAAGGCUGAUUUUGUAAGAGUUCUCCAGUUUGAUGCCACCGCAUGGAAGGCCACCUAUGGAGGUUGUGGUGAAUCAACCAGCAAGCCUUCCAGUGACACACCCUUGCUCUGGAAUGCCCUUGUGGUGGCCCCCCAAAAGUUUCAUUGGACCCUCAAACCACAAUUUGUCCUUCACGGACAUUCCUGCGCCUCCCAAGAGGAUGCAGAUCGAUUGAAGGUACCUUGCUCUCCAGUAGAAACGCUCUUCAGUACUCCAGCAGACUUGAAUGCCUUGAUGGACUUGUUGGAACGACACCCCUACCCACAACAUCAAAUCUUUAUCCGCAAAAAUCACGGCUUUUUCCUGCUUGCACAAGACCAGGCUGAAGCUUGUCGUGUUUUCCAAGAAACGUUGGCGCCACCACAACCGUAA